CUUUCUUCGCAUCUCCGCUCUCCUCCCUCCCCUCCUCCGGAUCGAUCGAUCGCCGGCCGAGGAGCCCUCCAGAGGGCCGGGCGCGCUGUGGCAUCGUCCUUGCUCCUCCGCCUUGGCCGAGUCAAGGGUAGCUGCUGGGCGGCUCGGAGAGAUGCUGUUCCUCCUGGUGAUGUGAUUGCAUAGCAACACAGCAGUGCGGGGCGGUGGAGGAGGAGGAGAGGCAGGCAGCGUGCAGCCAGCAGCGCCCAGCCUCAGCAUGCAUCCCUGUCACAGGGUCUCCUUUGCUGAUUCACAGAGGCAGCCCCAGUCCCCGCUCCCGCCGCCCGGCCGCCGCUGCCCCCGCCUCUCAGACCCGCUGGACUCGCAAGGUGCUGGUGCCCAGAGCUGUCUCCAUCCCCAUGAGCAUCGGUUCUGAUGCAGCCCCUGGUGAUGCAGGAAUGGCCUUAUGUCCUCCCACGAUGUCCUGAGUGGCAUGUCGCAGAGCCGGUGCAGGGCAACAGCACUGCCCACCCGCUGUCUCAGGUUGAUGUCUCACAGGAUGGUGCAGGUCCUUUGUGUAUAACCCCCCAGGCUCUGAGCAGUGCUGCUGGGCCCCAGGCCCCUCUAGAGAUGAAUCUUUGCUGGAACGAGAUCAAAAAGAAGUCCCACAGUCUCCGGGCUCGGCUGGAGGCCUUUUCUGACCACAGUGGGAAGCUGCAGGUGCCCCUCCAGGAGAUCAUAGACUGGCUCGGGCAGAAGGAUGAGGAGCUCUCAGCACAGCUGCCCCUGCGGGGUGAUGUGGUUCUGGUGCAGCAGGAGAAGGAGAUGCAUGCGGCUUUCAUGGAAGAAGUGAAGUCUCGGGGACCAUACAUUUACUCUGUCCUGGAGUCAGCACAAGCUUUCCUUUCCCAGCAUCCAUUUGAGGAAUUAGAAGAACCAACUUCAGAAAGCAAAGAUGUGUCUCCCCGGCACCGGAUCCAGAACAUCAGCCGCUUCGUCUGGAAGCAGGCGAACGUGGCCAGCGAGCUCUGGGAGAAGCUCACAGCCCGCUGCGUGGACCAGCACCGGCACAUUGAACGGACACUGGAGCAGCUGCUGGAGAUCAAAGGGGCCAUGGAGGAGCUCAGCACAGCACUAGACCAGGCUGAAAGUGUGCGUGAAACCUGGGAGCCCAUCGGGGACCUCUUCAUUGACUCCUUGCCGGAGCACAUCCAGUCGACAAAGCUGUUCAAAGAGGAGCUCUCCCCCAUGAAGGAUGGGGUGAAAGUGGUCAAUGACCUCGCACACCAGCUUGCCAUCUCAGAUGUCCACCUGUCCAUGGAGAACUCCCGAACCCUGGAGCAGAUCAACACUCGCUGGAAGCAGCUGCAGGGCUCCAUAAACGAACGCCUGAAGCAGCUCCAAGAUGCCCACCGGGACUUUGGGCCAGGCUCCCAGCACUUCCUCUCCUCCUCUGUCCAGGUGCCCUGGGAAAGAGCCAUUUCUCCCAACAAAGUGCCAUACUACAUCAACCACCAAGCCCAGACAACAUGCUGGGAUCACCCGAAGAUGACCGAGCUGUACCAGACGCUGGCGGAUUUGAACAACAUCAAGUUCUCGGCUUACCGGACGGCUAUGAAGCUGCGGCGAGUGCAAAAAGCCCUGCGAUUGGACAUGGUGACCUUGACCACAGCCCUGGAAAUCUUCAAUGAGCACAAUCUGCAGCCCAGUGACCGGGCAAUGGACGUGGUAGAGGUCAUCCACUGCCUGACUGCCCUCUACGAGAGGCUGGAGGAGGAGAGGGGCAUCCUGGUGAAUGUCCCACUCUGUGUGGACAUGAGCCUCAACUGGCUGCUGAAUGUCUUUGACAGCGGCCGCAGCGGGAAGAUGAGGGCUCUCUCCUUCAAGACAGGCAUCGCGUGUCUGUGUGGGACGGAGGUCAAGGAGAAGUUUCAGUAUCUCUUCAGCCAAGUGGCAAACGCUGGGGGACUGUGUGACCAGAGGCACCUCGGGGUCUUGCUCCACGAGGCCAUCCAGGUCCCACGCCAGCUGGGGGAGGUGGCAGCUUUUGGAGGUAGCAACGUGGAGCCCAGCAUCCGCAGCUGCUUCCGCUUUAGCAAUGGGAAGUCCACCAUUGAGGCAUCCCAGUUCCUGGAGUGGGCCAACCUGGAACCACAGUCCAUGGUGUGGCUGGCUGUGCUGCACCGGGUGACCAUGGCUGAGCAGGUGAAGCAUCAGACCAAGUGCUCCGUCUGCCGGCAGUGCCCCAUCAAGGGCUUCAGGUACCGCAGCCUGAAGCAGUUCAAUGUGGAUAUUUGCCAGACUUGCUUCCUCACUGGGCGAGCCAGCAAGGGCAACAAGCUGCACUACCCCAUCAUGGAGUACUACACCCCGACUACGUCCAGUGAGAACGUGAGGGAUUUUGCCACAACACUCAAGAACAAGUUCCGGUCCAAGCAGUACUUCAGCAAGCACCCACAGAGAGGUUACCUGCCUGUCCAGUCUGUCCUUGAGGCUGACUUCUCUGAGACCCCAGCCUCCUCCCCGAUGUUACCACAUGCUGACACCCACUCCCGGAUUGAGCACUUUGCUAGCAGGCUUGCAGAGAUGGAAAGCCAGAACUGUUCCUUCUUCAGUGACAGCCUGUCCCCGGAUGAUAGCCUGGAUGAGGACCAGUACCUGCUGCGUCACUCCAGCCCCAUCACUGACAGAGAGCAUGGGGGCAGCCAGCAGCUUCCAGGAAGCCUCAACACAGAUGACAAGGGAGAUCUGGAGAGAAUCCUGGCACACUUAGAGGAUGAGAACAGAAUCCUCCAGGGAGAACUGAGACGUUUGAAAUGGCAGCAUGAUGAGGCAGUGGAGUCUCCAACCUUGGCUACAGGUUCCCCUGAAUCGGUGCAAGACCCACAUAAUGAUGAGCUCCUGGCAGAAGCACGAAUCCUCCGGCAGCACAAGAGCCGCCUGGAGACCCGCAUGCAGAUCCUGGAGGACCACAACAAGCAGCUGGAGUCUCAGCUGCACCGACUGAGGGAGCUCCUGCUGCAGCCUCCAGCAGAGUCAGAUGGCAAUGGCUCAGCAGUCUCUUCUUUGGCUUCUACCCUGCACCAGUCUGAAGGCAGCCAGGUGAAGGAGAAAGAGCACAACACUCCUGACACCGAAGCUGCAGACGAGGUGGAAGCCAAAACCCAGGAAGUCAGCGUGUGCCUGGAAGACAUCAUGGAGAAGCUGCGGAGCGCCUUCCCCACCUCUCGAGGUAUGACCUCCCUUAUCUAACACCUCCUGUGAGCCAGAGGCUUUUCCUAACCAGCUACCUGGCUGCUUUCCUCCCCCUCCUCUCCCUGCCAUGCUUCCUGUGCUGCAGCAGACCUCGCACUGCCUCCUUCCAAGCCGGUCGUGCAGGAUGCUUGCCAGUUCCAGAAGAUCUCAGGGGAACAUAGGUCAUGCAGGAGUGGGACCAUGAGCUCGCCAGGAGGCUGUUUCAGCCACUUGGCUGCAGUGCCUAAGCCUGAGUGGAAAGGUUUGGAAGACAGAACUGAAGCUAUGAAAGCUGCCUGCCUCCCCCAGCACUUGCAGGCUGCUGCCUUUGACUGCAGCUCUUGGGGGAUGCACAGCUCAGCAUUCCAUCCCCUUCAGUUUUGCCCAGACACCUCCAGGUCUCUUGGCACCAAAAGAAAUCCAAACUCCUGGAGCCAACUAGUUUUUAUAAGAACUCUUUCUAACAGCACCCAGCUGCCAGCCUUACAGAUGGAACUCUCUCUGCUCCCCAGGGCUCCACAGCCAGCCAGGCAUGUACAGAGGGCCUGCAAGGUUUAUGGAAGAGGAAUGAGUCCAUGUUAGAGCUUCAGCCCAGCUAGUAGCCUUAUCUUGAGAGGGUCUUUAUAACAGAGCCUUAUCCUUUAAUUUGCAUCUCUUUCUCUGUUAUAUACAUACUCUGUACUUCAGUACUCUCAUGGACUCACAGCAUUAAAUUCUAAUACUCUAAGUGUAGCUGCCCUUCACUUUCAGUCCAGCCCAACCAUCUGCUUCCCCGAGGACCAGUGCCUUCCCCAUCGCUGGCGCUGCCUUGGGGCAAGGCUGCUGCAAGGGGACCUCAGCAGCAGGCACUCUGCUCUGCCUGAUUCCCUGGGGAGUUGUGCCUUUGCCAUAGCAUAGAGAGCCUAUCCUGCCUGGACCCAGCUCCAUCCAUGGGGAGCCUCAGCUCCUGCAGUUGUCCAUCCCCAUAGCACUGCAGGAAGGGGUUUCUACAGUCACAGCUCCAGCCCUGGGGUGACCAGGACAUUUGGAGAUAUGGCUCCAGCCCUGGGACCACCAGGACAGUCAGUUGUGAUGCAGGAGCAUAACAGGGCACCUCCUUACUACCCCCAAGGAGCAUCUGGCUCACUGCUGACCCCAAAUUUGAUCUGGGCUGAGGGGCUGGAGACACUUGCUGGAAGCAGGCCAGUCCCACUAGGCUGUUCUGCAAGCUGGCAGAGUCCCUCAGUGGUGGUGGCUCCUGGUCCCAAAGGCUCCCUCAAGCAGGCUGUCUUGUGCUGUGUUAUGUCGAGAAAGAGGCAGAGUCAGGUGCUGCAGGGUGCCCCAGGGCAGAGGCUGAGCUAGUCCUGACGCUCUGGGGCUACAGGCUGUGGAGGGAUGAGAUAUCUGAGCCCUCGGGGCAGGGCUUUGUGCUGGUGCAAAUCAUCCUGCCCAAAAGAGGACUUGCUGUGAGGACAGGGGCAGGGCUGUUGUUGCUGGCUGGGAUGGGAUGCAGUGGUGUAAGCUCUCUGGGGAGGCUGGGACCAAGGCAGUGUGUAGGGGCACAGGGCUGUGCAGAUGCUUCAGCCUGCAGGGCACUGGGUUGUGUGAGCUUUAUGGCCCGUGUCCACCAGCAGCAGUGCCAGUUGCUGUCCUGCUUGUCCCCUCUCACACUUGGGUGAGUGGUAGGAGUGUGCUAGCAGUGGCACUGUGGCUGCUGUGAGCAUUCUGUGUGCCAGGCUUCUUGUUCGACCGUGUUGAGGGACCACAUGCCAGUCUGUGGCUGUUAUCCUCUUGGCAGGAUGGGGGGAGCAUGGGGAGGAGCACGGCUUUGGCCUGAGAAUGAGGUCUGGAGUACCCAGCCUGGUGGGAACUGGAGGAAAGAAAAGGUAGGCUAAGGGCAGAGCUGCUGGUCCCAGCACUGGGUGCAAGGAGCAGUGGUGUCCAGGCUGGCUGCUUGGUCUGUGUUUGGGAGCUGGGCUGCAGCAGGGAGGGGAGCAGACUGGCUAAUGCUCUGGUAACCAUGCACUGAGAUGCUGCUGUCCUCACUGCUUUGCACCAUCUCUGCUCUGGAAAGAAAAUAAAUUUGUAUUUAUACCAA